GUUAGCAUAAAUUGUUAAUAAUAGUUGAUAAUUGAAAUAUACCCUUGAAAGUGAAAUAAAAAUACAUAUGUCAACGCGCACGCAUGCGCGUAAAUGUGUGUAUGUUACGUUUUCUAAUGCAAAUGUGUAAAUACAAAAUGUAUACUAUUUUUUCUAACAAAGAAGCAACUAUUGCAUUUUACAACAACAAAUACAAAUGAAGAAAUUAUGUAUUGUAAUAUAUAACGAAAAAAUUAUAGUAAAUAUUUAUUUACUAUGUUAGAAAAACAUGCGACGUAACCUAUGAUCAAAGCUUUUAAAAUAUUAAAGAAUUAAUAUCGAAUGGCAUUUAAUACAUAAUGGAUAAUGAGAAAGAGAAUUUCCUAUUUUAUCCCAAUGGUUCAAAAAAUCUUGGAAAAAAGUUACAUGAUAUUUGUAAUUGGGAUCAACUUGAUAAUAUAGCUAUAGAAUAUCAUGAUUUGCAAGAAAUCAUCUAUAUAAAUUACAGAGAACUUCUUGUUACACAAAGUUUGAUUUCUGAUUAUUUAAAAUGCAUAAAAAACAUUGAAUUUAUUGGUAUAAAUUUUGAUAUACCUGAAUAUUGUGUAAUUUCUGUGAUACUUGGAAUCCUAAGUAGUGAGCAUAGUUUUGUAAAUAUACCUGUUGAUUCAACAGAAUUCAUGAAUCUAAAAAACCAUUUAAGUUUACAUUAUUUCUUUUCAAAACAAAUGGAUGUUGAGGGGGAUAUUGUAUACAAAUUUAAAAUACACAGAGAAUGUAUUUACCUUAUUAAAAUCGAAGACGUACAGAAACAAAUUACCCAAAAAGUAAAACAAAAUUAUUACGCUUAUGCAAUUUCUACAUCUGGUUCAACAGGAGCACCAAAAGUAGUCAGAGUACCCCACUCAUGUAUAGUCCCUAAUGUUUUAGACUUGAACAAAAUACUGGGAAUAACAAACUGUGAUAAAAUUUCUCAAUUUACAAAUUUUACAUUUGAUCCUAGUAUUAUUGAAAUUUUUCUUGCUCUUUCAAAUGCUGCAACACUAUUCAUGGUAUCAAAGUUAUUGAAAAGUGAUCCAAAUAGGCUUUUGAAAGAAACUUAUUCUAAUCAAAUUACUGUACUACAAAUAACUCCAUCAGUUUUUAUGUAUAGCUGGACAGCCGAAUCUUUAAAAUCUAGUAUUUUAAGUAAUAAUACUUUAUUAAGAGCUAUUCUCUUUGGCGGAGAACCUUUUCCUAAACUAGAAUUAAUUUCUGCAGCCAAGCAUCCUUAUAAUAAUACCAAAAUCUAUAACAUCUAUGGUAUUACUGAAGUAUCCUGUUGGGCUAGUAUUAAUGAAAUUAUGAUAACAAAUACACAAUUUAAUGUACAUUGUUUGGGUCAAGUGUUAUCACAUACUAUAUUUCAAGUUAGGAAUGAAAGAGAUGAAGUAAUUACAAAUGGUACAGGGUUCCUUUAUAUAGGAAGCAAUCAAAGAGUGUGUCUGAUCAAUGAUGAAAAUAUUGAAGAUUUAGAAUUACCAGUAUUUCGUGAUUCUGGUGAUAUAGUUAAUAUUGAUGAAGAAGGAAGGAUAUUUUACAAGGGAAGGAGGGAUAGCUUUAUUAAAAGAUUUGGGAAUAAAGUAGAUUUAUCAAAGCUUAAAGAAUUUGUAUUACAAAUAGAUUUUGUGAAAAAUUGUUACGUAAUAUGGGAUGAUAGUUGCCAUCAUUUACAUUUAUAUUUUUCUACUAAGGAGAAUGUCACAAAUAAUCAUAAUGUAAAUACUGAUAUAAUGGAACAUCUCCACAAAUUAGAUUCUUUAUAUAGACCAGAUAAAAUUCAUUUCAUGGAGCAUAUUGAAUUUACGUCUAGUGGAAAAAUUUCUUUAGAAUUUUUAAAAAAGUAUCACAUACAAAGAAUGGUAAUACAUCAGGCAAUAGAAAACAUUGACUUCCAACAAAUUAAAAUUGCUUUUAAAUCAAUUUGGAAAAAUAAUUUACAAUGUGAAAAUGAUGGAUUUGUAAAAUUAGGAGGAACAUCUGUAAUAGCACUUCAAUUAUCAAAUACUAUAUCUGAAACACUAAACAUAGAAUUUCCUGAAUUAAUUGGCAUGCUUUUAAUGGAUGCUACUAUCGACGAAUGUCUUAGUUAUAUAAAAAGUGUUAUAUUGAAUAAUGAUCAAAAGAAAAUGAUCAAUCUCAAAUCUCAUUUUAAUAGUACUAAAGAAGUCCCUUUAACUAAUAUUGGUAAAGAAGACAUGAAGUCUUUAGAAGAUUCUCAUGAAAAAAGAAAAACUUGUGACUUGAUGAUUCAAACAAAUGAGAUAUAUACCUGUCAGUGGUAUAAGUGUAGAGGACAAACAUGUAAAAAUGUGUUAGAUAUAAAUGAAGAACACAAGUUACAAUAUAACGCAAUUUCAAAUGUUAAAAUAUUAGAAACUUAUGAUUUGAAAAAAUGUGUAGAUGCAUCACCGACUGUAUUCCAUUAUUCAGAUGGAAAAACGUAUGCAACUGUUGGUUCUCACUCUGGUUUUAUUUUUACUUUUGGAUUACAAGAGAAGUGUCGUAAUUCUACAUUUAAAAUCAAACUACCUGAUAGGGUUGAAGCCUCAGUUUUGGUUUUGGAUGAUUUCAGAGGUAUAGUGGGAUGUUAUGAUGGUAAUAUAUAUUGUUUUCACUUAAAAACAGGGGAUAUUAUUUGGAAUCAUCAAACAGGAAAUGUUGUAAAAAGUUCUGCAAUAUUGUGUAAAAUAAAGGGAAUAAUAUUUGUUGGUUCUUAUGACUGUUAUAUAUACUGUCUAUCUGUGAAGGAUGGAUCUGAAGUUUGGAAAUCUAAAUUCGGUGAUGGAAGUGUUAGCGCAUCUGGCUGUUUACAUGUUUCAUCAGACACUGUAUUGUUUGGAACUUUAGAUGGAUUGUGUCUAGCACUUCAACAAUCAUCAGGAAAACUUGUAUGGAAGCAUAAAUUGUCAGAUCCAAUUUUUGUUGCUCCUUUGUCACUGAAUAAUGGGCUUGUCUUAUUUUGUUCUGUAACAGGACUGCUAUGUUGCUUUGAUAUUGAAGUAAAUGUUAAGAUGUGGUCUUACAAAAUCAAUGGCAAUGUAUUUUCAUAUAUUGUGAAGCAGAGUGAUACCUCCACAAAGCAUGAAACUAUUAUUCUAGCUAGUCAAAAUAAGAACGUGUAUUGUUUAGAAUCAAAAGAUACAAACUUUAAAACUAAACCCACAUUAAAAUAUAUAUUAAAUUUACAUUCACCAAUCUUCGCCACUCCCUGGUGUGAAAAUGAUUUUCUGUUCAUAGCAUGUACAGAUGGUACUUUAAAUAUUUAUAACUCUAUAGAAAAUAGUUUGAUAAAAGUUGAAAAACUUCCUGGCGAGAUUUUUUCAUCGCCAGUUAUUGAUAAUAAUAUUAUAAUCAUUGGAUGCAGAGAUAAUAACGUCUAUAUUCUAGAACUUGUUUAAAUUAUAGUUGGUAAGUAAAUAUAUUAAGUAUUCGUUGUGUCAUGAAAUGGAUAGGAAUACAAAUUAAUGAAAUUAAUAUAGUAUGAUUUAUUUUUUUUAUGACUGUCAUUACAGUUACGUGAAUAACGUUUUAGAUAAAGUAAUAGGGGAUCACGUAUCUUUGUUCAAUAAAUUUCAUAUGUAAUACGAAUUCGCGAUACGCUUACAGUUUGAAGCAAAAUGCAAGCGAAAUAAAAAAUUCUGAGAAAUAGCCAAUCGCUCCAUCAACAAAACAUUCACGCAUACGAAAGUGCACACGUAUAGUAUUCAAAAUCAAUGUACGUCUGUGUAUACUUGUCUUUUUUAGAUGUUUCUCUAUUAAUAAUGAUGACCUUAUAAAUAUUGGACAAAAAAAUAUUCCAAUUCUUAAGCUCACAUAAAAUAACAAUAUCUCAACGAUUCCACAUUUUUUCUAUAUUCUCACUCUUACGUAUUUGAGAUUUAUAUAUAUCUAUGUAAUUUAUGUAAAUGGUUGGCCGCUUUUUUCUGCUUUCAAUAUUUUGACAUAAAUUUUCUACAAUCUUUUCUGUUACAGGCAAUUAGUUUUUGAAAGUGCUUCAAUUUAUAUGUAUGAACUUCGUAUCUUUUAAUUUAUAUGUUUGAAAUUUGAAUUAAUAUCAUAACUAAAUGUGCAGAAUUAUGACAUAUUUUCUAAUGCUAUACAGCGACAUGCUAUUUAUAUAAUUGCGUGUAGGAUUCAUUUUUUUAAAUUACUUCUAUAUUGUACCUCAUGACUUUUUGACUACUGUAAUUAGCAAUAUAACUAUAGGAUUCUGUAACAUUUACAAUCUCAAUAAACAGUUAUCCUUAUGUUUUAA